AUCAUUUCAGUCGCGUAUCAAACGCCAGCCAGGUCGAACGUGUUUUUCAGAUUGCUUACAUCCUAACGUAGGUUGCAAAUCGCGCGCAAUUGUAUCUGUUUGUUCUCUGUUCGUGGGAAAAUCUGCAAACUACAGUGCAACUACAGGUUGAACAAAUUCAAAUAUCUCUGGAUGCAGUUGAAAUUGUGUGCGUGUUAAAAAAUUGCGUUGUUACCCGUCAGGAAAAUUGUGGAAAAAUUACGGAUUUGUCGCAGCUCUCAACUCCGAAGUUCAGCUGGUGUAAAUAUUUUGAACUGCAGUUCAAAAUAAAAAUACGAAAAUAGCGCUUCUUCAAAUACGAGUGCAAUCCCAUUCAGUGUUGGUCGUUCCGUUUCAAUCCGUUUACGCGAAAGUAAAUAUCCCGGGCAGACUGGCUGAAGCCAACUAAGAGAUUGGAUUCCAGUGAGGCACCGUUUUUUCAAAGAUUUGUGUAUUAUUGCUUCCCGUCGUUGUUGGGCGUGAGACGUACCACUAAGCACCAACCAGGAAUACCAUGGCCAAGUACGGAGUUUUUCUGUUCGUGUCUGCAUUCUUGCUGGCUGCGACGUUUCAACAAGCCGAUGCCCUGAGAUGCUGGCGGUGUUCGUCGGACGCUUCCACCGCUGCCUUCUGCGAUGACCCAUUCUCGCAGGACAUCAUCACCGAGCAGCAGCGCCGCUGGAGUUUCGUGGACUGCAGCUACCCGCCCGGAGCGGGAUCGUAUCCCUUCAACCAGCAGCAAUCGCAGACGCGGGCCGUCUGCAAGAAGAUGAAGCAAAUCAUUAACGAUCGCGUGGUGGUUUCCCGCUCGUGCGCCUGGGAAGACGUCAAUGCUGCCCCGAACAGCUGUAUCAACGCUCAAACGCCGUCCUACAUCCGAACGGAAUUCUGCGAAACCUGCACAACCGACGGAUGCAACGGAGCGUCCCAGUAUGGCCCCGCCGUUGUGAUGGUGCUCCUAAUGGCUUUGUUGGCGAAAUUGCUUGCCUGGUAAACUGGCAAUCUUCCGAUGAUGACCAUCCCUUCCAUUUUAAGCAGUUUCGAACUUAAGCUUUAAAUCUAGAUCUAGAGAUCGGAGUUGAACACACAAAUGGAGCAAAUCGAUCCGAUACCAAUGUUGCCUUAAUCGUAUUUCGAACGACUUUUAUGAAUAGUAGCUAUUUAUUGCAUUCGUAGUCUCUUGACAUGUUUGAAAGCUCCCAUGAUAGGACAUGACACUAGAUGUACCAUAUCGAAACCACGUUAACUGAAUCCAAACAAGUAUAGUUUCCAAUAGUGCUCCCGAUUGUGAACCAGCGAUUUACACCGACCGGCUUCGAAUGCGCACAUACACACAUACCAAAUACGACUACAAAUGUACAAAAUGUGAAACAUUGCAUCACAUUCGAUUUCAUAAAGCAGUUAAAUUAAUUGCACCUGCUUGCAGAAAAUGUGAAACAUCAGUAAAGAAAAUCUGUUAUAUUUGUUGAUAUAUGUAUCUACCUAAGCAAAAAUAAAGUACCAGCAGUUGUCGUCAUUCGUCUUGAAUCUCACAGUAAGUAGCACCAUUUUCUGGGAUAUCUGUUCGAACGAAAUCAAAUCAAAAUCUUUUCACAGACAGCAGUGAUUUCUUUAUCAAAUGGUGGUUAUCUAGCUUAAGAACUUUCCAUGUACAUAAUAAUUAUAAUUGAUACCGAUAAAUCAAAUAAAACGAACUUGUUUCUAAAAGACCAA